AUGUCUGAAAGUUUGUUAAGAUAUGGUGGAUGUGGUAACUGUGGGUCAGAGUUGGACAACGAAUCCGGUCAUAUUGUUUGCACGGGUUGUGGAAGAGCUGAUGAUUCGGGUCUAGAGUUGGCCGCAGAUCACAAUCAGCCGACAUUUGCCAACGAUAGUCAUCGGUUUGCCAAUCAAUCGAUGAACGCCAGCGUACGCUAUGAACUGUACGCACAUGUAAUGCAAAACAAUGGUCUGACACACGCCCGACAACACGGCAUGAAAAUUGCCGAAACAUUGGCCGAUCACUACUACUUCACUAAUGAUAUGAAAGAAUAUCUGAAGAGAUAUUACUCGAAAGCUUGGAAUCAUAAGAACUUCUUGAGAUGUUCUCUUCGGACAAAACAAAUAUUAGCUGCAGUUUGUGCUUAUGUCACACUCAUGAUUAACGAUCAUCCAAUUGCCAUACACUACAUGUGCUCUGGACUACCCAUCCCUUGCAAUGUAUUUGAUUUCAAUAAAAUAUACAAAGUUUUUGUCGAAGUUUUUCCAGAAUGCAAACCAAUUACAAAACCAAUUGAAGAGUUAGUGCCGUCGGUACUCAAAGAGAUGGGUAUAAUAAAGAUCGUUGAAAAUGAUAUCGACUCUCAUGAAGACAAAGCACUAAUUAAACGCGUUAUGGAUAUUGUGAGCAUAGAGAAGGCCUGUUGGCUGGUUGAGGGAAGAUCACCACUUUAUGUCAUCACUGCCGCCACAUAUUUGGGUUGGAAGUCAUUAAAACCAUUGGAAAGAAUGAACUUCAAGUUCGCACACUUUUGUAAGAAAUUUAUGAUCAGAUCUUCAGUGACUAUAGUGGACAGAGUGAAGGAACAAAACGACAUAUUUAUCAAACUGGCGAAAAACAUACCAAUGGUUAAGUUGAAGUCUACAAGAGUUCAUCGAAACAAUGUCGCCCUCUUUGUCGAUGAUAUUAUCCAAUACUCUAAUUCACUUAUUUUUGAUUUGAGAGCUGAGAUCUAUAACAAGUUAAACGAUAGACAACAACAACAGCCAAAGUCAAUAACAACAGAGACGAUACCACAGGAAGACAAUUACAGUGACGAUAACGACAAGCAAUGGAUGAAUAACUUUAAAAGAAAAGUCUAUUACCACAGAUCUGGACUCAAGAAUAGUGACUCUAACCAAGUCUUUGUCAGAGAGGAAGAGGAAGAAAAUGAAGAACCGGAUAUAUCUGACACCGAAAUAGACAAAUAUUUAAGAAGUGAUGCUGAGAUCAAAUGCAUUAAAAAAUUGCAUAAAAAGAUGAGAAAACUCGAAGAAUUAGACAAAAAUUAA